GCCGCUGCGAAGAUAAAGCUUAAAUUUUUUUCGAGUUAAAUGAACAAGAAUACUUCGUGUCUCACACCCCAAUAAAAACACACAGAUUUGGCCGAUAAAAAGGGAAUUGAAGUGGAAGAGGGAGAGACAGAGAGAUUUAAAGCUUAGAAAGGGGAGCAAUGGCUUCUCUUGCAUCUUUGUCGCUCGGUUCCUAUUUCUAUGAUAUCUGCACCUUCGCCGCUGGCCUUGCAGGAAACCUGUUUGCUUUUGUGCUCUUUGUCUCGCCAAUACCAACUUUUAGAAGAAUUGUUAGAAACCAAUCAACCGAGCAGUUCUCAGGUCUUCCCUACUUGUAUUCCCUUCUAAACUGCUUAAUCUGCUUCUGGUAUGGUCUGCCGAUUGUCUCCUAUGGUGUGAUCUUGGUGGCAACAGUCAACUCCAUUGGAGCCAUUUUCCAGCUCGUUUAUGUCAGCCUUUUUAUAAUAUUCGCUGAUAAUGCUAAGAAACUCAAAAUGUGUGGAAUGUUGAUUGGAGUUUUUGCCAUUUUUGGUCUGAUAACUUUUCUUAGCCUCCAGAUGUUUGAUCAUCAAAGCCGGCAGAUUUUCGUUGGAUAUAUCAACGUUGCUUCUCUCAUUUCCAUGUUUGCUUCACCCUUAUUCAUCAUAAACUUGGUGAUCAAGACGAAAAGCGUCGAGUUCAUGCCUUUUCAUCUUUCACUUGCAACAUUCCUUAUGAGCAUUUCAUUCUUUGCAUAUGGGAUGCUGCUGCGUGACUUCUUCAUUUAUAUCCCAAAUGGUAUAGGAUCAGUGUUGGGGGUCAUACAGCUUCUGCUCUAUGGACACUACAGAGAAAAAUCAAGAGAAGAGUACACACUUCCUUUAUUUGUUUCAUGAUUGGCAAGGCAAACUUGCAUGUAUCUCCAGUUGUAAUUAUUGAAAUUAUAUUGUUUAUUUGUAUGGCUUUCCAAAGAGUAAAGUGGGAAAAGUUUUGGAGAUUGCUGUCGUAUGUUCUUAAUCUUUGUGUCAGGUUGUAAGUUACCUGGAGAUCUUGGAGUUACAAGCCUGAAGCUAAGUAAUAAUUUGUAAUAGAUAAGAUCUGAGUUGGAAGCAAUAAGAUGAAGACUUCUGAAA